AUGGCUGUACAGUCAUCCACAUUUUACAGCUGUGGAGCUGCACAGGCCAUCGACGGCAUCAGAUACGCUCCAGGUGUAGCCCAUACAUACUGCUCCAUCACAGGAAAUGAGCUCAACCCGUGGUGGAGGCUGGACCUGCUGGAGUAUUACAACAUUUACAAAGUGACCGUCACCAACAGAGCCGACUGCUGUCUGGCUCAAACAACUGGAGCAGAGAUCCGCAUCGGAAACUCUCUGGAAAACAACGGAAACAACAAUCCCAGAUGUGGUGUCACUUCACUUGUCCCAGCAGGCACUUCUGUCAGUUUCUCUUGCGGUGGAAUGGAAGGUCGUUAUGUGAACAUGUACAUUCCUAACAUCCAGCAGCAUCUCACACUGUGUGAGGUGGAAGUUUAUGGAACCGGUAACUCUGGCACCUCAUUCUAG